AUGGAUUUUUUCCAGGGCGUGGACUUCGUGCGGCUGCGGAGCUGGGAGUACGACUCGUACCUCGUCGCCGACGAGGACGGCCGGUCCGUGCAGCACGAGAACCACUGCGGCGCCUCGCGCAACUCGGUGUGGGCCGUCCAGGCGCUCUUCGCCGGGGCGCCCCCCGAGCCGUACCUGCUGUUCCGCGGCGCCUACGGCCGGUUCCUCGGGGCCAGGGCCGACGCCACCGAGCGCUGCUGCGGCUGCUGCCCUCUCCGCUCCUGCUUGCUCGAGGCUGCGCAGCGCGAGCGCGAUGAGGAGGAGGUCGACGCCAUCAUGUGGCGGGCCAUCGGGUGUGGCAUCGACGUGAUAGCGGAGCACGGCGCCAGCGGCGUCGUCCUUCUGCACGACAGGUCGUGGCGCUAUCUGCGCGCCUACGAGCGUAUCAUGGGUUGCUUCCGCUGCGUCUCCGUUGACGGACGCCUCAACGACGAGAAGACGUUGCGGUGGGAGGUGGUGCCCGUGCCCCCGAGUCCCGAAAGGCCCGAGCUCCCGAUCGCCAUUGCUGAUACCUGUUGGGACGAUUUCUUCUCCCCUCUGGAGCGGGAGAUCCGGUUCGUGACGGCCGACGACGACGGCAACUUCGACGCCGACGAGGAAGGCUGGGAUUCGUUUCAGUUCACCGGGAGGUCGGUGGCCAACCUGAGAAAGGAGUUCCAGGUCCGGCUGGGAAACAACUACACGCUGUGCGUCCGCGCCGGCCACCAUGGGCAGGUCACCCUUCUGCUCAUCGACCUGCCUCGCAGCAGGGAGACCCUGCACAUCGUCCUCUUCAGGCCAAACAGCGCAGUGGAUGAGCUGUUGAUAUCCCCAGAUCUAGAUGCAUUGUCACUAACGAGAUCAGAGGAUUACAGACGGAUGAUAGAGUGAAUCCUUUUAUGCUGAUUUUAUGGCAUAAUUCAUGGGACUUGACAGAAAAUUAGUGUGCUAGUUUAGAGUCAAUAGAGUAGAAAAAUCUAAAAUUGUCAGGGUGUACAUAUCAAGUGAUUUCGUACAUGUAAGAUAGGGUUAUCGGAUAAAAAUAUUGAUUACGGUGAUGAUUACUGUAGUAACCAUCUCUAUCAUGUAUACAUAACAACAAUAUGCUUAAAUCCUUCAAUAUAAUACCGAUCAUGCUAAACUUGGUAGAAACAUGCAUGAUAUUCUGAA